GCUCCCUCCUACGGCGGCGGCGGCGGCGGCAGACCCAGCUACGACGACAUCUCCUCGGCGACCAGCCACGCCGAAUCGCACAGCGCGGGCACCGGCUCUUCGGACCUCUUCCAGAAGGCGCUGGGCUACAUCACCAACCGCCAUUCCUCCCAGGAGGAGGACGACGACGACAUCGACGAGUCCCAGAUGGUGCAGUCGCACCAGGCCGUGUACAAUUCCAACGAGGGCCAGCAGCAUGAUUCCAAGACCCUGGGCGCUGGCGCCGCCAUGCAGGCGCUGAAGAUGUUCACCUCUGGUUCUUCGGGUGCAAGUGGCUCCGGCGGGAAGAAUGAGUUCAUUGGGCUGGCCAUGGCGCAGGCGAGUAAGCUGUGGGAGGAGAAGAGUUCCAGUGGCAUGGCUUCCGGCGACAAGCAAUCCGCCAUCAACCAGGCCGCUGAGAUGGCGCUGAAGAUGUACAUGAAGAGUCAGGGCAGUGGGUCGAGCGGUACCGGCGGGCCGGCCGGGUUGUUGAGUUUGGCCAGUAAGUUCUUGUAA